AUGGAGGCGGCGGCCCUCGGUCGUCCUACCGCGGCGGGACCGGCGAGCGUCGGGUUCGGGAAGAUGCAGCGCGGGGGAGGAGCCGGUAUGCGGCUGAGCAGCAGUUCGAUGGCUACGGUGGCGGUUGCGUGGCUCUGGAUCGCCGGCGUCGCGGCCGGGAGCACCGACUUCCGACUGAUCGAGGCGAUCCGGGACCGCGACCACGACACGGUGCACGCUUUGCUGAAGCAGGAGGUCGAUGUCAACGCCCGCGAGGGCGACGGCGCGACGGCAUUGCACUGGGCGGUUGUGCGGGACGACGUCGAGCUGGUCGAGGCGCUGCUGAGGGCCGGCGCCGACGUGGACGCCGCCAACGACUACGGCGUGACGCCGCUCACGCUGGCCUGCAUCAACCGGAACGCGACGGCGGUCGGCCAGCUCCUUGGCGCGGGGGCGAACCCGGACGCCGCGACGUCGAUGGGGGAGACGGCGCUCAUGACGUGCGCCCGGACCGGCAGCGCGGAGGCGCUGGAGGCGCUCUUCGACCACGGCGCGAGCAGUGUGAACGCCCGGGAGGAAUCGCACGGGCAGACGGCCCUGAUGUGGGCGGCGGCCCAGGCGGAUGCGGACGUGGUGCGGGUGCUGCUGGCGCACGGCGCCGAUGUCGGCGCGCGGUCGGACAGCCACCUGCUGCCCGUCAGUCUCGGCGACGGGGACCCCUUCGAGCAAUACGUAAUGGAGGCGCAGCGCGGGUCCACCCCGUUGCUAUUCGCGGCGCGGAACGGCCGCAUCGAGAACGUACGGCUCCUGCUCGACGCAGGGGCCGACGUCAACGAGGCGGCUCCCAACGGCCAGUCGGCGCUGGUGACGGCCAGCUUCAGCGGGCAGGGUGAGUUGGCUGCGUUCCUCCUGGAGCGUGGCGCGAACCCGAAUGCCGCCGAUGCGGGCUAUACCGCGCUGCACACCGCGGUGUUGCGGGGCGACCUGCGUUUGGCGAAAGCGCUGUGCGCGCACGGAGCCGACCCCAACAGCCGUCUCACAAGGGGGAGCCGGCAACAGCGGAACCUCAACUGGUUCGGCCUGUCGGGCGCGUUCGCCGGCGCGACGCCGUUCUGGUUGGCGGCCAAGUAUGCGGAGAUCGACAUCAUGCGCUUUCUCGUCGCGGCCGGCGCCGAUCCCCUGCUGGCGCCGAACAACGAGAUCACGCCGCUGAUGGCCGCCGCCGGGGCCGGCUGGAGGACUCGUUUCGAGCAUUGA